UGAAAUUGACAUUUUACAUACCGUUUUAAAUUACAUUUUUUGUUGUGAUUUUUUUAAAGUGGAUUAUUUAUGUAGCGAUUUUUUAGAAGUUGAAUAUUCUCUCUUCGGUUUAAUUGCUGCAGUGGCAUUUAUUCUUAGUUAUGAAGUCAUUAGAGAAAAUUUCAUGCAAAUUGACAACGGCAUUAACUCCUUACAAACCCCUCAUUGGACCUUUAGCAAGUUGUUUUACAGUUGGUCAAUUUCUUGCGGAAAGCUUAAUCUGUUUAGAUAUCAUUGCAAGAAGAAGUACAAGAGGAGUUCCAUCAUGGCCCUUUGUGGGCGGAUUUGUAAUAGGGACUUUGAUGUUGAAGUAUUCACUCAUGAUAGAAGAUUUUAGUAUGUUUGUGGUAAAUUUUACGGGAGUACUGUUAAAUUUAUUCCAUAUUUUAAUAUACAAUAAAUUUUGUCGACGAAGAAGACGUGAAUUGCACGAACCUUUAAGAAAAGGAUUGAUUUUUGUGGCAUUUACGUUUUUAUAUUCUUUCUGGGAGAAAGAGGAGUUUCUGGGAUACAGAUAUGGAAUGAUUGUAACUAUUUUAAUGUUGGUUCUCAACGGAAGUCCUUUACUUGAGUUGAGUGAUAUAAUUGAAUGUGAAGAUGCUUCAAAAAUACAACUUCCUCUUACUGCAAUGACUUGUAUGAGUUGCCUCCUUUGGUUUCUUUAUGGAUUUAUCAUUAGAAGCGAUUUUAUUGUUAUUCAAAAUUUUUUUGGAUUUCUUUCUUCUUUUAUUCAAUCUGCUUUGUACCUAAACUAUUAUGAAGGAUUUUCUGGUAAAACAUCGUAGAGCUAAUUCAAAAGGCAUGGCCCGUUACAACAAUCUAUAUUAAGAAUUAUUACUUAAAUAUUUGAACUUUUUGAUGCAUAUAAUUUCAAAAUAAAUGCUUUUAUCUACAAUGUUCUGU